CUCUUAUCCAGGGCAACUUACAGUCGUAAACAAAAAACACAUUUCAAGAAUAACCCCUGAGCCCGCAUCGAACACGAUAUCCAAGCUGAUGAGAUCUCAGACAGAGGCAUCGCACAGCGCAGCGCCACAGGCUGCCCUUCCUAACAUGGCGGCGGGUACGUGUCUGAAACCGCAGUCCGUGAUCACGUGGCAUCAGGCUGAACAGUCAUUGGCUGCGGCGCUUCCUUUUGAAAUUUGAAUCUUUUCAAAACGAAUCAAACCAACGCGCGCCGAGGAGACGAGCGAGCGAGCGCGCGCGAGGUCUCGAGCGGGAGGAGCGCCGUCUGGCGAGCGGAGGAGUGAAGGUCUGAUUGAUCUCUAUUGAAUCUGACGUGCCGGGAAAACAACCGUUACUAAUACAUGGAAACAAACAAAACAAAACAAAGAAAUAAAUAAAAAAAAGUGUGUCAUUAAAUUCAAAAGUCACAGUUUAAAAACUGGAGCGGGUGUCAGUUUCCUCUCAAGUAACGCGGAGCUUCACAGCGAGUAGAGGAUGGGUCGAGUACAACAAUACACGACAAAAUUAAAAAAGAGGAGGGGAGACCGGGCGCAGACCCCCGUGAGACGCUCAUCUCGUUUGCGGGAGAUCUCUGUCACGGCCGAGGAGGCGGUGUCGGCGGUCUCUUACCCGGCGCCCCUGGGAGCGGAGGAGUGGAGGGAACUGCAGCCGCGGAGAAGCAUCCGAGCGCAUCGGAGCGGGGAUCCCGACCCUGAACCGGAGGGAGCCGGCCGGCACGGCACCAGAACCGGGACCAGCGACAGGGUCCAGCUGGAGGCACGGCUUGGGUCUCCGACGGUGGUCUUGGAGAGACUGAAGCUUGAACCUGAGGAGCAGCCAAUCGAUCCUGACCCUGCAGCAGCACUGAAGACGACACAGCAGGUCCCUGCAGCCCGAACGCCCUCGAUACUGCAGGAGCCCCCCCCAGCCAAGCAGCCCCCCCACCCGCCCGUCUGCAGAGUGCCCUCGGCUCUCAAGAGGGAGGCCAGCGAGGCAGCAGAGAGGCCCUCCUCGAACCCACAAGCCUCUUCAGAACCAGAGACCAGGAGGCCUGAGAGGACUGCUCUGGAGAGGCCACCUUCUAGACCAGGAGCUGCGCUGGAGAGGUCUUCUUCUAGACCAGGAGCUGCUCUGGAGAGGUCUUCUUCUAGACCAGGAGCUGCGCUGGAGAGGUCUUCUUCUAGACCAGGAGCUGCUCUGGAGAUGCCUUCUUCUAGACCAGGAGCUGCUCUGGAGAGGCCUUCUUCUAGACCAGGAGCUGCUCUGGAGAGGUCUUCUUCUAGACCAGGAGCUGCUCUGGAGAGGUCUUCUUCUAGACCAGGAGCUGCUCUGGAGAGGUCUUCUUCUAGACCAGGAGCUGUGUCUGAAGGCCUGGCUCUCGCCCCUGAGGGAUUUGCUGAGACGAUGUUCCGAUCUGAAGCCCCGCAGCUGGACUCUGCUCCCCCAGAGAGGCUCCCCUCAGCCCCAGGGGCCAGACAGGAGAGGCAGGAGAGAGCGGGACUGCAGACUCAGAUGGACGUGGUCCAGAGCGAAUUGAAAGCCCCGAAUCUCUCUGGAGCUCCGCCCCCAGCCAGCCCUGGCCGAGCGCGCUGGCUCAGAUUCUCCGCCCUCCUCCUCUGGCUCCUCCUCCUGGGGGGCGGGAGCUGGUACGCCGUGCAUCAUGGGAUCCCGGGCCCUGGCACGGAGCUGCUGAGGGAGCUGGGCAGUGACUGGUACCCGGGCCUGUGGGAGGGGCUUGCCUGGCAGAGCGAGGGGCCGUGCAGCACAGACUGCAGCUUCUCCCUGUUGGAGAGUAUCCCUGUGGGCCUGCUGUACCCCCCCGACGCCCCCGCGCUCCCCUCGAUAUUCUCAGCCUGGCAGAGUCUGCUGGAGCAGGCAGAGAGCAGCGUGCAGAUAGCAGCCUUCUACCUGACCCUGAGAGACAGCGAGCCCACAGCCAGCCAGGGCCGGCAGGUCUUUGAGCAGCUCCUGCAGUUACAGUCCAGAGGAGUGAAUCUCAGCAUCGCGGUGAACAGCCCUGAGAACUCAGACAGGGACAGCAGAGAGCUGCGGGAAGCAGGUGCUGAGGUGCGCGGCGUGGAUCUGAAGUCUCUGACCGGCGGCAUCAUUCACACCAAGCUGUGGGUCGUGGACAAGCAGCACGUUUACAUUGGCAGCGCCAACAUGGACUGGCGCUCUCUCACACAGGUGAAGGAGCUGGCGGUGUCGGUCAGUAACUGCAGCUGCCUGGCGCGAGACACGGAGCGGAUCUUCAGGAUGUAUUCCUCCCUGGGUCAGAGCGGAGCCUCCAUUCCUGAGCGCUGGCCCCGGGAGUUCACAGCCGGCUCCAGUAAAGAGCGCCCCCUGCAGCUCAAACUCAACGGGGUCGCUGCUGAGGUCUACCUGUCGAGCGCCCCGCCCUCGCUGUGUGCAGACGGACGCACGGACGACCUCGCCGCCAUUCUCAGCGUGAUCGGAGAUGCCAGGCAGUUUGUUUACAUCUCAGUCAUGGACUUCCUGCCUCAGUGCCAGUACUGCAGCCCCAGAGGGUUCUGGCCCCCCCUGGACUCUGCCCUGCGUGCUGCCUCCUGUGGGCGGGGUGUGGAGGUGCGCUUGCUGGUGAGCUGCUGGGAGCACUCCUUCCACCCCAUGUUCAUCUUCCUGGAGUCUCUGAGCGUGCUGAGACAGGAGCCCCUGAACUGCAACGUGCAAGUGAAAGUGUUCCACGUCCCGUCCAGCCCUGAGCAGGAGGCGAUCCCCUUCAGCAGAGUGAAUCACGCCAAGUACAUGGUGACUGACCGUGUGGCUUACAUAGGAACCUCCAACUGGUCUGAGAGUUACUUCACACAGACGGCCGGUGUGGGGCUGGUGGUGAACCAGACUGGGGCUGCAGGGAGGGGGGAGCAGGGCACCGUGCAGAGCCAGCUCCAGGGGGUGUUUGAGAGGGACUGGGGCUCCUCCCACGCGGUGCCUCUGAGCACGGAGCACAGCCAGAGCUGCGGGCUGCACACACAGAGCUAGUCUACAGGCAGGGGGGGUGAAACCAGCCCUUUGACAGGCUGGGGCCCCGCUAUUCAAAGACUGGACAGCACUGCCUGAAAUCUGUGGAGCCAAAGCUAACAAGAGAGACGGGAUUGGAACAGAUGGAUCCUUUUCUCAGCUGCUGCAGAGAGAGUCUGUCCUGCUUGAUUUGAAGUGUAGGUUUAAUUGUGAUUUCUGAAGUGACUCUGGAGGAGGAAUGGGUCGCGGCUCAGGGAGCUUCUUAAAAUAUCUGCACUCCUUUCACAGCUUCAUUGUUUGUUUGUAUUUUUACAAUCCUCGACUGUAACUUUCGAAAUCUUUUACAAAGAAACGCAGAAUGAAAUGCUGCCUUUCUUGUUUUAAUUGUAGGUUUUCAAGCUUUAAUUGUGUUUCUUUAACACGGCGCAGCUUUUUGCUUCAGUGUUUUUUUUUUUUUUUAAAACCUGUUUUUACUUUUGCAUUAGGAAGGGGUAGGAUGUGUUUGAAAUCCAAUGCUUCUGUAAAAAAAAUUAAAAAAAUUAAACUAUUAAUUAUAAUAAUUUGAAUAAAGUCUGUUUGAAAUGUU